AUGUUCAAGAAAACAGUUUUUGGUCGCUUUGUAGACAUUGAACUUGGAUUCAACAUCCCACUAAUCCACCAUAUGUUAUUGAGGGAAGUGAAGAAGUCAGGAGUGGACUCGAUUAGUUUCUUUUUCAGAGGAAAGGUCGUCACAUUUUCGAAGGACGAUUUUUUAUUGAUCACUGGUUUGUGGCGGUUUCCUACGCAAGUUGUAAGGAGUGAGAAGUCCUCACAAGAGCUUUUUACGAGGUACUUUGGUAAUCGGUCGAUCUUAGACGCAUUCCACUUAAAUUUACUUGAAGAAGAAUACAAAAAAUUGGUAUUUGAAAAUGACAAUGAUGCUGUGAAAAUUACCCUAGUAUAUUACACAGAGGUUGCAAUGAUAGGUAAAAACAAGCAAAAGAAUGUUGUCGAUGGUACUCUAUUUGAUGACGUUGAAGACAUAGAUUACUACAACAAUCUUGAUUGGGGUACAAUUAUUUGGCAGAGGACACUCGACGCCCUGAAGACCGCACUGGACGACAAAGUUGGUUUAUACAAGGAGAGUGUGAGGGGAAAUAAAAAUUAUGUUGUGAAGGACUCGCUCCAUGGAUUUUCCCAAGCAUUUCAGGUAGAUGUUCCUUAA